UUACAGAGAAGGUUAGCUGUUUGAACUCGACUCAACGCUCUCGAAUGGCUUCCAAUACGCCGGAUGGGGCCUCUGGCGAGGGUCACGUGCAUAAUUACCAGGCAUUGAAGAAAAUACUGCGUCUGGCUGAGGAGAUAUAUCCUUUGGUUGAACCAGGGCGCAAAGAGCUCGAAUACAUGAUUGAAGAGCAAAGCAAGUGCACGACCUUGAUCAAAGAACUUCAAAAUGGAAAAGAAACAUUAAAAGAGAAGCUUAAGGACCUGGAGUUGGUUUCAGUUUCAAAAGAAGAACACACUCAACUGAAAAGCAAAUAUCAGCAGCUGGCAUCAGAGGCAAAAAGGCAAAUAACCAAACAGAAGCAGAGACUUAUUUAUCUGGGGAAUUUAAGCACUGGGGCCGAACAACAAGUCGAAUUGCUUCAGCAGGAAGUAUCUGAAGCCAUGUCGCGAGAAGAACAGUUACAUAGGCUUCUUGAACAAAAAGAAGAAGAGUUAGUCAAAGCGAAACGAGUAACUGAAGAAAUCCGAUUAAACGGAAUUAAUAUAACAAACACGUCAUGGAAUAAAAGAAGAGGAUUCGACGAUUUGGCAGAAGCCACGAAUAGAGAGGCGGAAUUAAAUAUGCAAGUGACAAAGCUUCGGAAACGCUUAACCGAUGUCGAGAAUGAAUUAAAUGAGACUAAAACAAGAUUAAGUAGAACAAUGGGAGAUAAGCUUACAGACAACAAUCCAGCAAUAACCGAUCUUAGCGACAAAAAUCGACCAGUAAAAUUAGCAGAGCGAUAUUCGGAGCUCUACGAUAAUGAAUGGACAGAUUCGUUCGAGAUAAUACAUAAAGUUUACAGAGACGAACGAAACACAGUUGCUCAGCUUCUCAAAAUAUUAAUGGAUGUUGCUGACUUUUGUCGCAACGAAUCACAGAAGCAGUUCAAAAAGAUGAUAAAUGCUCUUGUCGGGGAAAAUACAGGGGAUACACCAUUGCCGAAGCUUAUUGAAAAACAAUUGGGAGGUUGCAGAAAAGCCAUGUUCGAGAAAGCUGGAUAUACUCUGUAUGAGAUGUACGUGGCGAAAUUGCGUCUCUCUACCUCCUCCGUGGCACGUGACGCCCUGAUCGUACCAGCCUACCUGAAGGAGACUUUCACUCUGUGCUGGCAGAUGUGCGUGCAAGAUCCGCCUGUUGUUUUUGACGAGCCUCCGAAACACGGGGAUACAUUUAAGUCAGAAUUAUACAAAUCUUACAAAAUAGAAGGCACGCGCGUGGAUUUCCUGGUCUUGCCGGCGUUGUUGUUGAACGACGGUGGACCUGUACUCUGUCGAGGAGUAGCACAGGGCUUCAUGUAUUCCCUUCAUGAGGUGCCAACCUCUGGGCAAUCAUUGCAUCGGCUUCCAGAUCGACUAGAGCGGUCUCAGGAAUCAAACUCUGGUAUGAUCAAUUAUCAAAGUACAUCUGCUAACGGUAGAAAUCCGAAUGCAAACACAGCUUCACCGCUUGAUAUUAACGGAUUGGGUGGCUCUUUGAAGACGAAGCCGACACAGAGGGUCACUUCAGCACGUGACACCGACAGGUUAGGAUCGGGUCGUGUAAGUGGUGUACACAAGGAUCAGGCUCCGAAGUUGGAUCUGGUCAUGGUACCGAACGAUCUAAACGUCCAACGUCCGGAAGAACCAGCUGCGCGAUCACAAACAUCAACGACGUCACGACAAUACGAGAACCAUAAUGUUGACAUGCUACCGAAUUUUCGCCAAAACUCUGCUGAAAAAACUGACAUUCUUGAUUUAACAGCUAAAGACAUUAACGAUUUCUUAAGUCUGAUAAACAAACUCAAUUAUAAUUAUGCAGCUGUUCAAAGGGUUAUGGAUAAAUCGAAGUUUGAUGCUUGCUGCAAGUUUAUAAAAACAAAAUACAGUUAAACACUGCCGCGUUCCUUAAAGUGAAUUACAUGAUGAUGGAAUUAACUCAAAAUGUAGGACAUCUCCUCUGAGUUAUAUAUGUUGUAUUUAGCUUUCAAUUUAUUCUUUUUAUAUAUUAAGGAGAAAUGCUUUUUAACUUACUUCUUUUGUGAACAAUUUAAUACUUAACGUGGUACUUUUUUUUUAUCUAUCAUCUAAAUGAAAAAAGUAAAGUUAAUGUAUAACUAUUACAUUUCAAGUAUCAUGAUUUUCACAGAUUGAUACAAACAAUUAUCACAGAUUCGAUCCGAACAAGAGGAAAUAGUCCGUUAAAUUUCUCAUGUUAAAGUAAUGACCUCUCUUUAUACACAGUUUAGAAAUAUGCACUAUUUUGUUGCUCAUGUAGAAAUGUCGAGCAUAUUGUAUUAGGGGCAAGUCAUGUCAAUAUAUAUGGUUCUAAAAAAUGGUUUCCACUUAAUAACUUGAAUUUGCACGGAGUGGAAGUAUAUUACACUGGAAUCGUGUUUAUAUGCUGCUUAUUAGCAUGUAUAACAAGUUCAUUCUAAGUCUGUUGGGUAAAGGUCAGUGCCUAGGUUGGUAUUCCAUCUCGGAUCAGCUGUGUCAAUAUAAAAACUGUUUAUGCUGAAGGGCUUGACGUUGCAACGCGGUGAUCCCAGUUUGGUUAUUUUCAUGUCUUUUUUUCUAGUUGGUGUUCGAUUAUACAAAUGUUGUAUAAGAACAAGAAUAUCUCUCCUGAUAUAGUUUCAGGAUUAUGAUUGUUUGUUAUAUUCUGUUUUUUUGUGGUGUUGUUAUGAAUUUUUGUAUAUUUAAGCUUACACGCUUUAACGGGUUGUGGUUGCAUUUGGGACCAGUUGGAUGACGGCCAGGGUCACUUUUGCAAACAUGUUUUUCGCUCAAAAGCAUAAGUUUGGAUUGAGAUAUUGCGCUAAAAAAUUGCGUAUGUAGCUUAAUGCAGGUAUAGCUUUGAUUUACAUAAUAAUUUUUUUAAUUAAAUUUAUAUUUUACUAAAACGUUGUUUCUUGUUUCAAAAAUUGAAUGAAGAUAUGUUUCUGAUUUUACAUUUUUAUUUAUCCUGUUCGCACAACUUUUGAGCAUGACUUUAGCAAAUUGCGAAUACAACAUUUCUUUAGAGUGAGUACGAGAUACUAUGCAGUAAAUAUAUUGUUAUUUUUCAUAACUUGUUCUUGAGACCUCUCCGGUGUAUAACAUUUUUUAUGAAACAAAGAAACAAGCACUAGGACGAUCUGCUUGUAUAAUUUGAUUACACAUGAACAAUAAAUGUUUCUUGAUUUGUUUUAAUAAAUAACAUUUAUAUGAUAAGUGAUUAUACCAUACAUCUGGUAAUGGAUGACCAUAAUAGAUAGUUAAAUAAACAUUGUUUUAUCUCA